AAAACAUGGUGUCCUGAAUGCUGAAAUAGCGACACAGCAAGACUCAUGUAACUCACACAAUCAAAGGAUAAAUGCGGCAUUUGACAUGUUUUGGUUCAGAGUUGACUAGCUGAGAGUGUUACGUCAAGAUGGCCGCUGAUAUGUCCACGGCACCGGGCUCACCACUCACGGCAUCAAUCGCAGAGACUCAGUCAGAAAAACGGAAGAAGAAGGGCCAGCAAGAGAAAAUAUUCCCCGAGGGGAAGCAACAAAUGAUACCGGGGGAGACAGACGAGGAAAGGCGUUUAAGAUUUCUCAGGUCUCGAUUACGUCCCUUGAUCAACCAUCCAUAUUUCGGCAAACGACUAGACACAUCCGAUUCUCACCUGAAGAAAUGGUUGACGGCAGCUGACAACAGUGUCUUGUACGCCGCCGCCAAAAUCAGGAAAUGUCUGGAACUCCGGUGGAAGCUCAAGAUUGACACUGUCUUGACGGACUACAAACCUCCUGAGGUUCUGCGCGACUACUAUGCCGGGGGAUUGUGUGGCGUGGACAGGCAGGGCUGCCCCGUCCUGUACGAGCUGUUUGGGGUCAACGACAUGAAGGGCAUCGUCCUCUCCGUCACCAAACACGACCUGGUCAAGUUUAAGCUCUUUCAGUUCGAGUCUAUAAUCAAACACAUGAAGAAGACGAACAAAGAGACGGGCAGGUCUGUGGAUAGUCUACUGAUGAUUGUGGACAUGCAUCCCGCCUCAAAGAACAAUCUGUGGGGGCCUUCGCUGAGGAUAUGGGCUGAGAUGAUUGAGAUGCUGCAGGACUUCUACCCCGGGCUGGUGAAGGAGGUCCUCAUCAUCCGCCCCCACCAGCUGUACCCCGAGAUCUACCUGGCCCUCAGGCCCUACAUGAAGAGACCCACCCUCGGGCUGAUCAAAGUCUUGGGCACCAACUACCUCAGAUACCUAGAGAGUCGGAUAGAGAAACAUGAGAUUCCCGCCUACCUGGGCGGCUACAAGUGUGACCCAGAUGGCAACCCGCUCUGUAGGACCCACAUCAAGUGGAGGGAGGCGGUGCCCACAUGGAUGUACAUGACAGACCCUAACCUACAGGCCCACGGGCGGGAGUAUCUGAUCCAGGCGGGGCUCAGGGAGGUGGACGAGUAUCACGUGCCCCUGGCCCACAGCGUCAUGACGUGGCAGUUCACCGUCAUCAACCAACCCAUCAUCCUCAGCAUCUACCUCAACAAGGUGGAGGAGAGGAGCUGUCUGGUCAAACACAAGUGCUUGACCAUGGACUCACCUCACAGGAACGGUUCCAUCGUGUGCCGGGUGCCGGGCCGGUACCUGUUCGUCAUGGACAACUGCCGGAACUACACGACUUGGGCCAGGGUCUUCUGUAAGGUGGUCACCACCCCACCUGUCCACCUACCUCACAGUGGGAACCAAGUCCCGUUAGGUGACAGGAUUGACUUUUGGCAACCAAUGAAGCAGGCGUCACUGGAGUCAGCCCUCAAGAGCAAGCAGUGAGUCAGCGACUGGCGUCAGUCAGGCGUCGUAGUCAAGCGCGCGCUACAACAUACCGUCUGCUACAGGAAGCUAUGUCGUCUGCGUUUUUAAACAAUGUCCAUUCAAACAGAAUAAAAGUUAAUA